UACACAAUACAUACACACACGCACACACAGAAGGAGAGAGGAAAAGUGUACAGAUGGUAUGUGGAACACUGGGACAGCUUCUUGUAUAAGCUUCAGAAUGAGAAAAACCAUCAUUUUGCUUCUUCUUCUUCUGGCUCUGUCGGCCAAGAGUUCACACAAACUGACACGCAAGGAGGAGACCAAUAACGAGACAAGCGAGCGAGUGCUCAUUCGAUCCAAGAGGAGAUGGGUGCUGUCCACUGUUGAACUGGAGGAGGAAUCUCCCGGACCUUUUCCUAGUAAAAUUACAGAGGUGUACAAUGAUAAUGACCUGAAUCACUCCAUCAAAUUCAGGAUCAGUGGCCAGGGUGUGAACGAAGAGCCAACGGGUAUCCUCACUAUUAAUGAAAAGACAGGCGAAAUAUACAUUCACAGACCCAUAGACCGAGAAACCUACCGCAUUCUCCAUGUGAACUUUGAUGUGUUGGAUGAAAAAACGGGUGAAAUUCUUGACAAAACGUUGUCUUUCAAUGUGGCCAUAAGGGAUAAGAACGAUAAUCCACCUGUAUUCGUACCUGAGGUUUUAUACGUAGAAGUUCCAGAGAACAUAAAAGAAGGUCGGCUUCCUGUUUCACUACAAGCAAGAGAUAACGAUGAGAAAGACACUGAUAAUUCUCGAAUCUCCUUGAGGAUAGUGUCUCAGGAGCCAGCACUGCCAAAAAUCUCUCUGGAAUCCAUCUCAGGCGUAAAAGACAGCAUGAUCAGGAAUCUCGUCUUCACUGGUUGCUUUGAUUAUGAUAAAGUAAAGACAUAUAAAAUUCUCGUCGAAGCACGGGAUCACGGAACACCAUCACUCUCAUCCACUACGACUGUAAAUAUCGCCAUCACUGACUCCAACACUCACGCACCUGUGUUCGCUGCUCUAACGUUCAAUGCUCAGGUUAUGGAGAUGGAAACCAAUAAGGAGAUUUUAAGGAUUCCUGUGCAAGACCAGGACACUCCCAAAACUCCAGCAUCCAGAGCAGUUUUCACUAUCCUGAAGGGUAACGAGGAGGGCAACUACAAGAUUGAGACAGACCCAGUUACCAACGAAGGAGUGCUGACUGUCAUGAAGGCAAAGGAUUAUGAGAGAACUACUCUAGCUGAGCUGGAAAUAGGAGUGGAGAAUGAAGAGCCCUUCUUUUUAUGCGUUGACGGAAAGCCAGUUACUCCUGUACCAGAGACUUUAAAAAGAAACAACAUGGUUAAAGUAGCCAUUAAAAUCAUUGAUGUGAAUGAUCCACCUGUGUUUCAGAAUAAAACUCAGAUAGUUUACAGGGUUGAGGAAGAAGAGCCAGGAGAUGUGUUGUACACUCCCACAGUCAGAGACGAGGAUUCAGACCCAGCUAAACUGAGGUAUGAGCUGGUAGAAGAUCCAGCUAAGUGGAUGUCCAUAGACCCAAAGACAGGCAAGAUUACCCUGGCAAAGAAGAUGGACCGUGAAUCUCCAUAUGUCCGCAACAACACCUACACUGUUCUGAUGCGAGCGAUAGAUGAUGGCCAACCUCCUGGCACAGGUACAGGGACUCUGGUGGUCCGUCUGGGAGAUAAGAAUGACAAUACACCUCAUCUAACCUCAAACACUUCUGUAAUGUGUGGGAACAAAGCUGACAGAGUGACAGUCAAAGCAGAGGAUGCUGAUGCUUUUCCGUAUAGCGGACCCUUCACCUUCACGCUUGGCAAAGAUGAUCAGGAGCUGAAGAGCCAGUGGAAGCUUGAGCAGAGCACAGGAUAUGAAACCUUAUUGAUUAGUCUGAAGAGUCUGCCAUAUGGGAAUUAUUCAGUUCCCCUGAAGAUUGCUGACCAACAGGGGAUGCUAGCACAUGCUGUCUUGCAAGUGGUAGUAUGUGACUGUGAGAAAGGAGAUGUGUGUAAGGACCUGCUACCUCGAUCCUCCAGGCUCCAUGGAUCAGCUAUAGGAAUUCUACUGGGAACACUGCUCAUGAUAGCUUUGAUGCUCUGCUUUUGCCUCAUCAAUUGUCAAGAGAAAAAGAAUUUCCAGGAAUUCUUGCAAGUUGAUGGAAACCAAACCUUCAUCCCAUACAACGAGGAAGGAGGAGGCUCAAUGUGCAAGUCUACUCUUCAAUUCAUCCAGUACCCACCUGGCAAUUAUCAUGGCUUGAAGACUGAACGGAUGCAGUUUGAACCACAGUUUCAACACAGCACCACCAAUCAUUUUGGCAACCUGAAGAAAGGAACUAUUAAGCAUACACGGGUCCCUUAUGACGUUAGUGAUACAACUGACUCAAGGAACAUCUACGCAAAGACAAAAACCCUGACUAGAAACAGGAACAGUAUAUAUAGCACCAGUAGGAGCGGAUUCACCACAUCCUUUAGCUUACUGUCAGAGUGGAACGUGAAAGAACACCUUGAAAGGAAGCUCUAUAAACUUUCUACGGAGCAACAGGACUUCCCUGAAUGUCACCCACACGAUUACAGCUCUGAAGGAACCAACACCAACUCCAUGUCACUGGAUAAGCUCUCUUUCGGCAGCACAGGAGAUGAUCUCGGCUUUCUGCAGAAUUUGGGGCCAAAGUUUUGCGCUCUGCAUGACAUAGUCCAGCAAAGAAUAAAAGAGAAGAACAUGAAAUUGUAAUUUGGGGAAAAAAACAAAAAAACAAAAACCUAUUAUUUACUUUCCUAAUGGAUCUUACACCUUUUUGAGUAGUCCUCCUUCCCAUCUCUGUGUUUUUAUGGAUAAUAUCACACCUCAUGGCUAACUAUUGCAACUAUAUAGCUGCACCAGUGCAACAGCUGCAACGGUUUCUCUAUUGAAUGAAAAAGCUUACAAAAAGGCAUCGAGAUUCCAGUAGGUUGCAGUGAAUAACAAUUUUUUAUAAUAGACUGUGAUCAUCUUUUCUGGCAAGUUAUAAAAGCUCAAGUUCAUGUUGAUUCUGUCCCUUUCAAUACCUAAGACUUGAUACAGUCGUACAUUUUUUGGUGUCUACUUUCAUAUCUUCAAUCCUUUUCAGUUUAUUAGCUGAACCUAUUUCAGCCGGUAUGCUAAUCUGGUACCUAACUUGGUCUGUAAUUUGUAGCAUUCUAGGUUGUCUCAGAUCAGUGAAUCAGACUUUUUGUUCAUAUGUGGACACAACAAAUGAAUUCAGACCUCUCUAAAACAGCAUGUGAGUGAACCAUACUGAGACCACCUUUACACUUAUACACACUGAUUUAUGGCUGAAGUAAUUAAAGGUUGCCUUUGGGGUCACACAACAAAGUAAGCAGUGUGAGCUAGCAACAGGACAAUUAGAGUAAUAAGCUAAUAGAAGUAUUGUGGCACUAGCAGUUAUGAUAUUAAGCUUAAGCAAUUGUCAACAACAACAUUUCCUAUAUAUUACUUACUUAGAAACACCAUACUAAACUUGGACAGAACCCUUUUUCUCCCGGAACAGCCUCAGUUCUUCAUGGCAUGGAUUCCACAAGGCACCAGAAACAUUCCUUGGAGAUUCUGGGCCAUGUUGACAUGACUGCAUCACAGAAUUGCUGCUGAUUUGUUAGCUGCACAUUCAUGCAGUGAAUUUCCCAUUCUACUACACCCCAAAGGUGCUCUAUUGGAUUUGGAUCUGCUGAAAGUGAAGGCUAUUAAAAAUACACUGAACUCUUUGUCAUGUUCAUGGCACCAUUUAUCUGGCACUGGCAUAUUAUCAUUCUGGAAGUAGUCAUUAUAAGGUAAAUUGUGAACAUAAAUUCAAUUCAGUUCAAUUUUAUUCAUAUAGCAUUUUUUUAACAAUGGGCACUGUGUUAUAACCUGUGAUGUGUGGUAAUAAAAUGUGUUUAUGCAAGUCACAUGUGAGUAAACUGUCCUCUCAUUGGUCAGAGUGUGCCUGUUUGUGUUCCGGGGUUCCACUCAUAGCGGUCAUCCAUCAAGAUGUACAGACAGCAGCUCCACGAUCUUAUUGUGGCUUUCUUUUAAGCUGUAGUUAUU